AUGCCUUCAUUCAUAAAUGUUCAAGAUUCAAAUGAAUCUGACUUCCCUAUUUCCUUGAAAGAAUCAACAAAUACACAUAAAAAAUCUGACAUUUUAACAAUUCCUCUGCCUAGGCCACCAUCAAAGAAAUUCUUGAGCAACAGCCUUCCAAACUCAACAACUUCAUCACCUAGAUUUGCAUCAAAGAAAAAGUCCAAAAGCCAACCUUCUCCUCUCUCCAACAACCCUUUGGCUAGGCAACAUUCUGUGGCACUGGCAAACCUCCAACGGUUGAAAGAAGAUCACUUAAGGAGGAGCAAGUCAUGUGGUGAAGGAAGAUCAAGUGCGCCACCGGAUAAACAUGUUGUUGGAUUAAUCACAAAGGUAAUGAAUAGUAGUAGUAGUGUUAAACAUGUUGAAGAAAGCAAAGUAGAUGAUAAAGCAGAAUCUAUUGAUCAAAAGUUCAAAUGUGGUGCUAUGUGUUUAUUUAUUCCUGGUUUAGGAAAAACAAAACAAGUGAGAGCCAGGAGGGUAGAAAUAGAAACUGAAAUAGUACAUGAUGUUGGACACAAUAUUUCAAGAAAAGUGUCAUUGGAGAAAUUUGAAUGUGGAUCAUGGACAUCAUCAGCUAUAAUCAAUGAUGAAGAAAAUGAAAAUGAUGAUUCCAAUCUCUUCUUUGAUCUACCAAUUGAGCUAAUCCAAUGUAGUGAUGAUAAGGACAUGACUUGUUCACCAGUAACAGCUGGAUUUGUUUUUGACAAGGAACCAAAAGGGGUCCUAAAGAACACCACCACACCAAAAACUAGUGACUCCACAACGCGCCAUGUUCGCUUUUCUACCUCUGACCCUGACCCUGACUCUGGCUUGCCUACGUCCUGCAUGACUCCUCGCACGCGCAAGGCAAGGGAAGAUUUCAAUGCACUCCUAGAAGCCCAAUGUGCAUGA